AUGGGGAAGCAGCGCGUGCGGUCCGAGAAAGCGCGCCCCUCUCCUCCUCCCCAGUCCCUUCGCCUGGUGGCUCCAGUGUGGAACGGGGGUACCAGCGGCAUCCGUGGCCUGAGCAGGUCAGUGGACCCGGAGGGCAGUCAGAGGAAGGGGAGGACACUGCUCCAAUUCCUGGCCGACCGCUUCUAUGAUGUGGAGGCUGUGAGGGAGUACCUGCUCCAGAAGCAGGUGUUGAAGGUGCUCCAGAGAAAUCGGUCCUUCACCUACAUCAAGGAGCGAUAUGGCCCCUACGUCGCAGGUGCCUAUUUCAUCCUGAAGCAGGGAGGCGCAGUCAAGUUUCAGGACAAGGAGUGGAUGUGGCCAGAUGGGCGUGGUCUCUCUGGUGAGCUCUGGAAGCUCCGGGAGGUGCCUGUCGAGGCUGUUGACGCCAGCGGCUGUGCCAUCAACUAUCAAGGCCUGGACAACCUCUUGGCCCUGAAGGAGCUCCAGUCCCUGUCGCUGCAGUGCUGUCCCCACGUGGAUGACUGGUGUCUCAGCCGCCUCCACCAGCUAGCCAACUCGCUACGAGAGCUCUCGCUGGCCGGCUGCCCCCGCAUCUCUGAACGGGGCCUCGCCUGCCUCCACCACCUCCAGAACCUCCGCAGACUGGACAUCUCUCACCUUCCUGCCGUGUCCAACCCAGGCCUCGUCCAGAUCUUGGUGGAGGAAAUGCUGCCCAACUGUGAGGUUCUGGGGGCUGACUGGGCCCAGGGCCUCAAGCUGGGGCCAGAGGAGCAGUCCCGGGACACAGCCAGCAGCCCCAUCCCUGCCUAG